AUGGCGGUGGCUGAUCAGCGGAAGGUGAGGCUGUUGCCACACCUACUACUAGCACUGGUGGUUUGCUUGACCGGCAUAACAGUAGAGGCUGGCUCUGAGAAGUAUAUCUACUCAUCUCCACCGCCUCCAUAUCACUACAAAUCACCACCACCACCAUCUCCCUCUCCACCGCCUCCAUAUCACUACAAAUCACCGCCCCCACCAUCUCCCUCACCUCCACCCUCGCCUCCACCACCGUACCAUUACCAAUCUCCACCACCCCCAUCUCCGUCACCUCCACCUCCUUAUCACUACAAAUCUCCUCCUCCACCAUCUCCUUCUCCACCUCCUCCAUACCAUUAUAAAUCACCACCCCCGCCAUCGCCAUCUCCUCCUCCACCAUACCACUACAAAUCCCCACCACCACCAUCACCCUCUCCUCCGCCUCCAUAUCACUAUAAGUCUCCUCCCCCUCCAUCGCCCUCGCCACCUCCUCCAUAUCAUUAUAAAUCACCACCUCCUCCAUCACCGUCUCCACCUCCACCAUAUCACUAUAAAUCGCCACCACCACCAUCACCGUCACCUCCUCCACCAUAUCACUACCAAUCACCACCUCCACCAUCACCCUCCCCACCUCCGCCAUAUCAUUAUAAAUCUCCUCCUCCACCAUCACACCCCCCGCCAUAUCAUUACAAACCCCCACCGCCACCAUCUCCCUCCCCUCCUCCACCAAAUCACUAUAAAUCUCCCCCUCCACCAUCUCCCUCUCCUCCACCCCCAUACCACUACAAAUCACCGCCUCCACCAUCACCUUCACCUCCCCCGCCAUAUCAUUACAAAUCCCCACCGCCACCAUCUCCCUCCCCUCCACCUCCUUAUCACUACAAGUCUCCCCCUCCACCAUCUCCCUCUCCGCCUCCACCAUACCACUAUAAAUCACCACCUCCACCAUCCCCAACACCACCUCCACCAUACCAUUACAAAUCCCCGCCUCCACCAUCUCCCUCACCACCCCCUCCCUAUCAUUAUAAAUCACCUCCUCCACCAACUUCUUCUCCUCCACCAUACUUCUACAAGUCUCCUCCUCCACCAUAUCACUAAUCAUAUCCACCAUCUCUCUUCAUUUAUGAGUUUACUUCUUCACAGCAAUAAAAUCCAUCUCAUGGUUGAGUCAAUCAAAUGUUUUAUGAGAUUGAUUGUGUCUCUGCAUCAACAAAAA